AUGAGUGCCGAACGUGCCCAACCGUCCAAAAGACGAUGCGUCAGCACAGCCUGUGUCGCCUGCCGCAAAAGGAAGUCAAAGUGUGAUGGAAAUCUACCAAGCUGUGCAGCUUGCUCAUCAGUAUACCAUACACCUUGUGUGUAUGAUCCGAACUCGGAUCAUCGCCGCAAAGGCGUUUACAAGAAAGACGCCGAUACAUUGCGGACCAGAAACACCACCUUACAGACAUUGAUACAGGCAAUAUUAAACUACGAAGAAGAGGAUGCCUUUGAACUAGUACGUCAGAUCCGUGCUUGCGAUGAUCUCGAAGAUGUAGCAUCUUCGGUGAUAGCCCAAGAGAAGGGACUCAUGUCUACGGAUAAAGCAGCAAAAGAGUCAGCUAGCAAUGAGGACAUGGCCGAGAUAGAUCAAUUCGAGUCUGAGCUGGCUGGCAAGAUGAGUGAGCUCGUGCUUGAUGGUUCUCGCAAAUUUAUUGGAGGUACCUCGAACCUCAUCUUCUUGCCGCCAGGCUCCGAGCUGCACGAGUCUGCUUCGGUUCAAAACAACCUCAUGCUCGAUGCCGAUAAUCAAACACACGCUGUGAACCGGUGGACUGAGGUCACAGACGACGACUCUCUCAUCAGUCAUCUGAUGACCAUGUACUUUACAUGGCACUAUCCGUUCUUCACUACCCUAUCCAAGAAUAUGUUCUACCGGGAUUACAUCCGCGGUGUUUCCAGUUCAUACUGCUCUGCAUUACUCGUCAAUGCUAUGCUAGCUCUGGGCUGCCAUUUUAGCUCAUGGCAAGGUGCUUUCGAUGAUCCCAAGAAUCUUGCAACAGCAGGAAAUCAUUUCUUCAAAGAGGCCAAACGACUUAUAUUAGAAAAUGACGAACAUGAGAAUGCAAAGCUUUGCACUGUUCAGGCAUUCGCACUUAUGUCUGUCCGAGAGGCGGGAUGUGGCCGCGAAGGAAAAGGCUGGGUCUAUAGUGGUCUCAGUUUCCGCAUGGCUUUUGAUCUAGGGUUAAAUCUCGAUUCGGCAAAUCUUGGGGCGCACCGUCUCAGCGACGAAGAGAUUGACGCCCGACGGAUCACCUUUUGGGGUUGCUACAUCAUAGACAAGUCAGUCUACAUUACCUUGAUUAUCUCUCAGGCCCCUCUAACGUUAUACAGAUGCUGGUCAAAUUACCUCGGUCGUCAGCCCCAGUUGACCUCGACCAACGCUAAUGUGCCCAAGUUUGAUGUGUUGCCCCAAGAGGAAAUAGAGUUAUGGUCGCCCUACACAGAUUCUGGAGUUAGUCACGAGCACACCCAAGCGUCAAGAACCAGGGCCGUCGCGCUCCAAAUAUCCAAACUGUGUGAGAUCAGCGGCGAUGUACUUGUGUUCUUCUACCAUCCAACCGAACUAGAAAAAGCCCACCCCAAACAGUCAGAACUGAAGAAACUGAGCGAUGUUCACACUCGGCUUGAGGCGUGGAAAAACAAUUUGCCCAAGGAACUAAUGGCAAAAGAAGGACAGCUACCACAAGUGCUUGUCAUGCAUAUGUUUUACCAGCUUCAAAUAAUUCAUUUGUACCGACCGUUCCUGAAGUAUACCAAGGCCAACACUCCACUUCCUUCCCAUGUCUCACCUCGCAAGAUAUGCACCCAGGCCGCCGCGACUGUUUCCAAGCUGCUGCGCAUAUACAAACGAGGAUAUGGCCUGAAACAGAUCUGCAACAUCGCCGUCUAUAUCGCUCACACUGCAUGCACCGUCCAUCUUCUCAACCUCCCCGACAAAAAUGCCCAGAGAGACGUGAUACACGGCCUCAAAAAUCUCGAAGAAAUGGCAGAGGGCUGGCUCUGUGCUCGACGUACCCUCCGCAUCCUCGAUAUAUCCGCAAACAAAUGGCAAGUAGAGCUACCACCCGAAGCAAUCUCCGUCUUUGAACGAACCCAUACCAAAUGGGGAUCAUGGGGCUCUUGGGACCAAGCAGCUUCCCCCUCAGCAUCCGACGACUCUCCCAGCGCAAACUUGUUACAUCCCUCUACAAGCCCUAGCCGAUUUUCACCAUCCAGCUUCCCAUUCCCGCGUUCUCGCACCGACCCCAUCGCCAUGGUUGAUACACAAAUGGGCCAUCAAUACGGGUCACUCGCUGCCGCCCCAUUAUCCUUCUCCUCCAUGCAAGGAAUGCAUCCACCUCAAGCCCAACGGCCCGACUUCGCCCCUCCCGAACCAACAUACCUCCGGCCCCAAGUGGCCUAUCAAUUCGCUCCCCUCCCGGGAUCCGUUCCGGCUCCUUCUUCCCCCCACCAGAACAAAUGGUACGAUGGCUCUGGGGCUCAUAUCUCACCCAAAAAUGCGACGCCGACGUCGGUUGCAUCCCCCGUGUCUGGGUAUGACGGCACGGAAAACCUGGUCGAAGAGAGCCAGGACUGGUGGUCGAGAAAUUCUAAUGCUUAUGGGAUCGGCAUGGAUAGUUGGAGUGGUACUUGGAAUGCUGCUCAAACCCAGCCUUCUCUCAUGCAAUACCAGGAUGGUAAUCUCAUGUCUGUUGCUCAGCCUUCUGGUUCUGGCGAUGAGCAGCCUUAA